AUGAGUAAGCAACAACAGUUUACAAGACUUCCGACCGAGAGCGAUUCGUCUGUCUCUCAAACGCCUGCUAUACCAAUGCAAGCCAUCACACCUCAAGCUCAAGCUCCUAGAUUGAGUCUAAACGCUAGUGUUGACGCACAACCUCACAUUGUUCAUUUCACCUCGUUAUCUCCGAUUCAUAGAACCUCGAUUUCUGGCGUUGUCUUAGAAGAAGAAUGGCCUCUUACAGAAAUUCCACAAGAAUUGAGAGAAGCAGGUGGUACCUAUGAAUCAUCCUCCGCGAAUAAUACCGAAGCAAAUUCAAUGCGUACGGAUUGGAAAAGGAGCUUAUUUUUGUUACUGGAAGAUCCUUCCUCAAGUAAAGCCGCGUUUAUGGUCAACGUUUUUGUCUCAUUUUCUAUCAUAUUAAGUGCUGUGUUGACCACUGUUGAGACAAUACCUUCAUUUAGGUUAACAUCUAGCUCCGUUUGGUUCAAUUUUGAAACCACAGUAGUAUUUAUAUUUACUAUUGAAUAUAUAUUACGAUUAAUAGCACAUUCCGAUUCGUUUAAGCAAUUAUGGAAAUUUGUAAAAGCUCCUCUUGCUGUCAUAGAUUUCAUUGCAAUUGCCCCGUACUAUGUAGAAUUGGCUUUUCAUCAUGACACGGUAAAAAUACGUGCAAUACAAACAUUCAAAUAUUCUUCGACGAUUAUAAUGACUAUUGAAGUAAUGAUUAUCGCUGUCAAAAGAAGUAUGGACGCCCUAGGUGCAUUAUUCUUCUUCAUGGCCACGAGUAUUGUGCUAUUUUCUACCUUGUUGUAUUUCGCCGAACGUGGUACAUGGGAUCAAGAGAAACAACAAUUUGUUAAUAGUAAAGGAUUACCUAGCUCUUUUGAUAGUAUUCCUUCAGCAUUUUGGUUUGUCAUGGUAACUAUAACCACUACAGGUUAUGGUGAUAUGGUUCCCACAACAUUUGUUGGAAAAGUGAUAGCUUUCCCCGCUAUGAUGUGCGGCAUCCUGCUUAUAGCGUUACCGUCCAUAAUUGUUGGAAAAAAUUUUACUUUAGUAUGGGAAGCAAUGCGACAAUACCGUCGCUCUAAUGCCAAUGCGCGAGAUCAAACAAACAAUGAUGGUACAAAUAAUGAGAGUGAAUGUGCAGAUUUGCGAACUAGCUUUGAAAGUACGCACUCAUAUAUAUCUAAUAUGCCUCGUGGUUAUGAAUCUAUGAGUGACGAGCUGGUUGCUAAUCAAGAUGUGUUACUCGAACAAGUGCGAACUUUAUUAAAAAUUUCUCAACAAAAUCAGGCAGCACUUGAAAGAAUCCAACAAACGUUGGAACAAAAUG